AUGGUUACUGCCCUAAAAGACUUAGCCAUUUUCUUUCAGGGCAUCGGGCAAAAUGGUUACUGCCCUAAAAGACACAGGGGGACAAUCGCUGAGAAAGCCUUGUUUUCUCUGGGUGAUGCCAACCUUCCGCCACAGAGUCACCCGAAGCUUGCCAACCUAGUUCGCAUAGCUAACAGGACAAGGGAAAAGUUGCGACCCCAAGAGCCGAAGUACCCUGACUUUGUCCUGGUUGACGGCUUCCUGCCCACGGGAUUCCUUAAGGCCGACAUAUCUUCCGAUGGUCAACGCUACUUGUUAUUUGCGACAGAGGAGCAACUCGACGUCCUUGCUGACCUCCAGACCUGGUUUGUUGACGGGACUUUCAAGGUUGUGAGAUCUCCUUUUGUGCAACUUUUUUCAAUUCAUGGGUUUCUUGGAAAUCAGCAGAAGCAAGUUCCCCUUCUGUUUGCUUUCAUGACAAGGAGACAAACGUCGGAUUAUAUCACAGUUUUACGUGAAGUAAUCAACAUCCUCCCGAGACGAGCCGUUGUGCAGACAGUAGUAGCAGAUUUUGAAAAGGCAACGUGGUCUGCAGUGCGAACAACGAUUCCUGGAGUGUCCCUUUUCGGGUGUAAUUUCCACUGGUCACAGGCAGUCUGGAGAAAGGUCCAGGAAGUUGGUCUACAGACCCUGUACACCGAUGAUCGUCAUGUAUACACCAAAGUGCGGAACAUUCUCCCCCUCCCAUUCCUCCCAGUUGACAUCGUGCAGGAGGACUUUACCAGCAUCAAACAGGAUGUAGAGUCAAAUCCAGCAUUGACCUCACUUGUGGCCUACGUGGAGAGGAACUGGGUGGAAAGCAACACCUUUCCAAUUCCAUCAUGGAACGUUUAUAAGAAAGACACGAGGACAAAUAACGAUUGCAAGGGGUGGCACAGGAGGCUUAAUAAUUGCGCCAUGGAGUCUACGCCACCAUUCUAUAUCCUGGUUCCCAUGCUGUAUAGUGAGGUUGAGAAGUUACCGCUUCAAAGGCAAAUGGUGGCCGAGGGAUCUCUCCAGAGAUUACAGCGGAAGGAGGUCCGAGAGAGACAACAGAGUUAUGAGGAUUUGUGGGGGCAAUAUGAGGAGGGUCUCCUGACUGGACGUCAGUUACUUCAGCAGUUUUCCAAGGUCUGUGGUCCCAGGCGUGGUUGA